AUGGAAGAGGAAGAGGAGACCAAAAUCACUGAAAAGUACAGGCCAACGAGUUUAGGAGGUGUCAGGGGAAAUGAAGAAAUUUUGAUUUGUCUUAGGAAAUUCAACCUGGUGGAUCUGCCAAAUAUGCUGUUUUAUGGGCCAUCUGGAACAGGGAAGACCACGUCAAUCAGGGCACUGCUGAACAACAAAAUGAGUCCAAUCAACGUGUUGGAGCUGAAUGCGUCAGACGAAAGGGGAAUCGACACCGUACGAAACAGAAUCAAGCAGUUUGCUGAGACGUCAGUGGAACACAGGCUGGUGAUUCUGGAUGAGGCAGACAGCAUGAGCAAGGAUGCACAGGGUGCAUUGAGGCGAAUAAUGGAAGACUACCCAAAUUGCAGAUUCUGCCUGAUUUGCAACUACGCCAGGAAAGUGAUUGAGCCAAUUCAGUCGCGAUGUGCCAAAUUCAGGUUUACGCCAAUUAGUCCAUCUCAAACACGAAUGUGUGUUGUGGACAUUCUGAGGAAGGAGAAUGUGGAAGUGAGAGACGAGGAGGGACUGGAGUUGCUGGUUGAGUCAUCAGACGGAGACUUGAGGAGACUCGUGAACGACAUUCAGGGAAUAAAAAGGGCGUAUGGGUCCAUUUCAAGGGAAAACAUGGAGGAGUUUCUGGGAACAGUUCCAAGAGAGAGAAUUGAGGCAAUUUACUCCAUUCUGAAAGAUGGGGAGAUUGGAUUCAAGGAGGCAUUUGACAGAAUAAGGAAGAUGGAGGUAGAGACAAUGGCAAUAGUGGACGAGGUAUUCAAGAGGGUGUUGAAGAGUGAUAGAGAGGACAGGUUCAGAAUUAUCAGGGGACUAGGGGAUAUUGAGGUUGGAAAGGCGAUAGAAUGCAGUGAUCACGUUCAGUUGGCUGUUUUGGUUGGAUUAUUCAAAUAA